CGCAUAUUCCCCCCCCACGGAGACAGACCAUCGGAUUAUGUUAAGACUAUAACAUCCUCACUUCUUCACAAGAACACCAACCAUCACAAUGGCCACCACCGAAGGCCUCUCCCUCCCUCCUGCCCUGCUGCGCCAGGCCUCCCGCACCAACAUGCGCGUUCCCCCGAUUGCGCGCCGCUCCGUGUCUCCCUCCAUCUGCCGCAUGGCCGUGCUCUCCCGCGACAAGCUGCAGAAAGAAGCCUCUACCAAGAGUCCAGACCUCCGUCGCUGUCUGGCGCACCACCGACUGCUUAGCCAGUCGAUCGAGGCGGCGCAGAAGGAUGUGAAUAAGCGUCUUGCCAUGUUCGGGCUGGAUGAUGAUGACACACCCAUCUCCUCCUCCUCCUCCUCCUCCUCCUCCUCCUCCUCCUCUUCUUCUUCUUCUUCAACAACCACCACUUCUACACCCAACGAACCCCCCAUCACCGCGAUCCGAGAACAAAUCACCAGCGCCGUAAAAGCAAUGAUCAGGCGUCGCACAGCCGAGACCACCUCCCCCACAAAGUCCGACCAGCUGGCCCGGGUAUCCUCCAACAGCGAGGCCGUCGUGGGGACAGCAGAGAAGCAGCACAUCGUUGUGAACACGAAGAAGAGCCGGAAGUACACCCCGCGGGUGGUGUUCGGGCGGUGCCGCGGGCCGCUGUACGGGCUGCAGGCCGGGGUGGUGAGCUGACAGGGACGGGCGUCAAGAUGUCUGUCCAGGUGGAAGAAGCAUCUUGAUUGAUUGAGUGGUGGCCAUCAACUGGCUGCCCCGGGUAUAUACUGCAUCCCGACGACUUUGCUGCUGCUGAUUCUGUGGCCACGACUUACGUUUGAUACGAUCCGUUCUUUUCAUAAUACCACUGUAUAUAUUCAUUCCUUCUGAUGACUGCACUUUUCAC